UCCUCGAGUCACAUGGGUGAGUGCAGUCUCCUUAGCCGGUGAUUUAAAGGAGAGUGCAGAGUUGAACAGCCAUCUCACGCAGUAUUUAUUGUCGGGAAAGAGAAAAUCAGCAAUAAGCCCUCGAGAUGUCUGCUGGAAACGCCAAGAUCGGUCAUCCUGCUCCUCAGUUCAAGGUCACAGCAGUGGUGGACGGCCAGUUUAAAGAUGUCCAGCUCUCCGACUACAGAGGAAAGUAUGUGGUUUUGUUCUUCUAUCCUCUGGACUUCACCUUCGUGUGCCCCACUGAGAUCAUCGCCUUCAGCGAUCAUGUCAGUGAGUUCCGUAAGAUUGGCUGUGAGGUCCUCGCUGCUUCCACUGACUCCCAUUUCAGUCACCUGGCCUGGAUCAACACCCCAAGGAAGCAGGGAGGCCUGGGCUCCAUGAACAUCCCUCUGCUGGCUGAUCUGAGCCAGUCCAUCUCCCGCGACUAUGGCGUGCUGAAGGAGGACGAGGGCAUCGCCUACAGAGGGCUGUUUGUGAUCGAUGAUAAAGGCAUCCUGAGACAGAUCACCAUCAACGAUUUGCCGGUGGGCCGCUCGGUGGACGAGACUCUCCGCCUGGUUCAGGCUUUCCAGCACACUGACAAACACGGAGAAGUCUGCCCUGCUGGAUGGAAGCCUGGAAGCGACACAAUCAUCCCUGAUGUUCAGAAGAGCAAGGAGUUCUUCUCCAAGCAGUAACACGUUCCUCAAAUCCGUCCUGGAGACUUGGACCCUUUGGGGCAACUGAUGCACUUAACGCUGAGCCCAGAUUAGACCAGUGUCCCCUUUUUUUUUUUUUUUUUUUUUUUUUUUUAUUAAACUUUUUUUUUUUCUGCUGUUUGAGCCUUAGAGUGAAUCCUAACAGUAACAUGUCUUCUGUUUUUGUCUGCUGUUACUUUAUCAGAAUUUAAGCUUGUCAUGUGUGCUGAAAUUCCUGAGGGUUUUUUUUUAAUAUGAAAGCAUUGCAAAUCCCUUUGCACUUGAGUCAACAUCUGCUGUGUUAAUAAUUCUGAGAUUGUCCAAUAAAGAUGCUGGUUUGAA